AUGGAGUUUGGUUCAGAAAGAUCUGGUCAUGAAGUCAAGGACGAGAAGAUAAGCGAAUCUAGCGUUGGAGAUGAAGAAGAACGUCGUGAACAAGAAAUUGUUAUGCAGGUGACCAUGGAGCCACCCUUGGCUACCAUCGAAAGAUCCAUUGUGAAGGCUGGGCCAAAUGCUUCUUCCCUAGCCGAAAAGGAAGAGGUUGAUGAACUUGAAAAUGCCAAAGCCGAAAUGGGUGAAGUGAGAGAAGAAAAUCAAAGAUUAAAGAUGUGUUUGAACCGAAUACUAAAUGAGUACCGAACACUGGAAAUGCAAUUCAACAAUAUAGUUGAACAAGAGACAAAAGAUUCUUCUGAGAAACCGAAGAAUGAUGAUGAACAUGGAGUAAUGAUGGAGGAAUCAGAACUGGUUUCCCUAAGUCUUGGAAGACUUCCAGUUCCAAGAAACAAUGAGAAUAAAGGCAAAGUCCCUCAAACAUUGAAAGAGGAAGAAGAAGAUAAAGAAGGUUUGUCCCUUGGACUGGAGUGCAAAUUUGAAACAUCAAAAUCUGGAAGCACAACUGAACAUGUACCAAAUCCAAGCCCUACCAAUAGUGUUGAAGAAGUGCCAAAGGAAGAAGUUGCUGGGGAGAGUUGGCCACCAGGCAAGGGACAAAAGACAAAUAGAGAUGCUGGAGAGGAUGAAGUUUCCCAUCAAAAUCCUGCAAAGAAAGCAAGAGUUUGUUUGAACGAUGGAUGUCAAUGGAGGAAAUAUGGACAGAAGAUUUCAAAGGGAAAUCCUUGUCCUCGAGCUUACUAUCGUUGCACUGUUGCACAAUCAUGUCCCGUGCAAAGAUGUGCUCAAGACAUGUCCAUAUUAAUCACCACCUACGAAGGAAACCACAACCACCCUCUUCCUCUUUCAGCCACAGCUAUGGCUUCCACCACUUCCGCAGCUGCUUCCAUGCUAAUGUCUGGAUCAUCAACCUCACACUCUGGUUUAAGACCUUCCACAACCAUCACCACCACUGCUGCAGAUCUUCAUGGAAUGAACUUUUUCCUAUCGGAUGGUUCCAAAUCAAAGCAAUACUACCUUUCCCAUCCUGCACUCUCCUCUUCACCUUCACACCCCACCAUCACUCUAGACCUCACUUCCAAUCCAUCAUCCUCUUCAGCUCCUUUUGUCAAAUUCACUUCAAGUUCAAACUACAACCCUCAAAGGUACCCUCCUUCCACGAGCCUAAGCUUCAGUUCCUCCCAAUCUAAUGCAAGUUCUUGGAGCGACGGGUUCUUCAGCUACAACACUCAACCGUAUAAUAACAACAGGAAUAUGAAUGUGAAUGUCCUUGGCAACCUAAACCUUGGAAGACGACAACAACAACAACCAAUGGAGAACAUCUACAGUUCCUUAAUGCAAAGGAACAACAAUCCAAACCCUCCAACACAACAUUCUCUGCCAGACACAAUAGCUGCAGCAACAAAAGUAAUCACAGCGGAUCCUAACUUUCAGUCAGCUUUGGCAGCAGCACUUACUUCUAUUAUUGGGUCAGGAAGCAUUCAGGGAAACCAGGAUGCUGCAGAAAAUCUGAGUCAGAAAAUGAAAUGGGGUGAAUUGUUUCCACCAUCCUUUGCCUUACCUUCAUCUUCAAAAGUCAAUGGAUGUGCUUCAAGCUUCUUGAACAAAUCAGCAGCUAAUUCACAACCAGGAAGUUUGAUGUUUCUUCAGCCACCUUUGCCACUUUCUAGCCCCAAAAGCGCUUCUGGGUCUCCCGGAGAUCACAGAGACAAGAAAAAUUAG